AAUCGGGGAAUCUCCAUGCAUGAUCUUUUCAGAGUUAAUAGCUCACUCGAAAAACAUGUUUGCCGGUUAGGAAGAAGGAGGAAGUACCCUAGGAGGAAAUGUCAAGAAAUGCCACAGCCCAUCAAUGGUGAUGGAGAUGGUUGGAGCUGGUGUGUUUAUAAAAAGCCCUCUGCACUCUCCACAAUCUGCAAAAUUCAUCAGGAGCCAAGAGGCAAAACACACAGAUCAGGAGAAGACAAAACUCAUGACAUUGCUCUGAACUGUGGUGUGUGCAUCUGUGCUUCAGACAUGAAUCUCUCAACUUCUCUAUUUCUGCUGGGUCUGUGCUCCAUGUUCAGCUGCCUGGCUGUGUCAGGAUCUAAAGCGAAAGAAUUGACCAGGCCUUUCAUUGUGGACGCCUUCAAGGAAGCGAAACAAAUCGUAGAUGACUCUUAUUUGUACUCUCGUAAAACGAGCCUUGAGAGGGUGCGCAGUUCCGAUUUCGUCAAGCCGUCUGAUACGCUGCGUCUGAUGAAGCAGCCGAAACGGAAGUCACGUGAAGCUGUGAGAGCUGCAGAUUACCUGGAGCAGACGUUGAGGAUCAUUGCAGAGAGAACGCACCACGCACACAAGAGAUCUAUUAAUGCCACAGCGCUGCUAACUCUUGAAGAACUUGAGCUGAUUGCGAAACUGACCGGCUGUGCCGCUCAAACCCUUCCUCCUCCUUGCAGAACGACGCAGAAUCUGAACAGAUAUCGCACGGCCAGCAGCGUCUGCAACAACGAGAGGAAUCCACUUCAGGGUGCUUCAAACACAGCGUUCACCCGUUGGCUGCCUCCUGUUUAUGAGGAUCGCAUCUCUGAACCUCAAGGAUGGAACCCUGGAAGACUCUAUAAUAAUGUUGUGCUUCCUCUGGUGAGGCUGGUGUCAAACCGCAUUUUCAGCACACAGGACCGAAAUGUUGUGGGCGACAAUGAGUUCACACUCCUCAUCACCUUCUUCGGCCAGUGGAAUGACCACGACUUGUCCUUCACCCCCAUGUCACCCAGUAUCCGGUCCUUUAGCAACGGCAUAAACUGUGAUGACAGCUGCGAGCGCUCAGAGCCAUGCUUCCCCAUCCAGAUUCCAAGAGAUGACCCGCGCCUGCCCUCCGGUCCCAACAACUGCCUCCCAGUUUUUCGCUCUGCACCCGCCUGUGGCUCUGGAUACAGUGCCUACAUGUUUGGAGGUGUGCCCAGAGUGCGGGAGCAGAUCAACACUCUGACAUCAUUCCUGGAUGCUGGCCAGUUGUACGGCUCAGAGGAUGGGCUCUCUCGAGAUCUCAGAGAUCUCUCCAAUGAUGCAGGCCUCAUGCGUGUCAAUGACAGAUUUAAGGACAAUGGCCGUGAGCUGCUGCCUUUCACCAGGGUGGUCAGCAAAAUGUGCACCACUCGCAAUCGUAUUCAAAACACCACUGGCCUGGAGGAAGUGCCGUGCUUUAUCGCAGGUGACGAGCGUGUGGAUGAGAACAUCGCUCUCACUUCGCUGCACACACUCUUCCUGCGAGAACACAACCGGCUCGCGCGUGCUCUGCGCCGCCUAAACCCACAAUGGGGCAAUGAACAGAUUUAUCAGGAAGCUCGCAAAAUCGUAGGAGCCUACCAUCAGAUCAUUGUGUUUAGAGAUUAUCUACCACACAUCGUGGGCCAAGAAGCCAUGAGGAGGCAGCUCGGGAGGUAUCCUGGAUACAACGCUAAUAUUAACCCAACCAUCUCCAAUGUUUUCGCCACAGCCGCUUACCGCUUCGCCCACGCAACCAUCCAGCCCGUCAUCUUCCGUCUGGAUGAAAACUUCCAGGAAAAUCAAAGGGCCCCUAGUGUUCCUUUGCAACUAGCCUUCUUUACACCAUGGAGAAUUCUAUUUGAAGGUGGGAUUGAUCCUCAGAUCCGGGGGCUGAUUAGUCGGCCAGCUAAGCUGAACAGGCAGGAUGGCAUACUGGUGGAUGCAGUGAGGGAGAGACUGUUCGCUUUCACCAGCCAAAUCGCCCAGGACCUGGGUUCCCUCAACCUUCAGAGGAGCCGAGACCACGGCCUACCAAGCUAUAACGCAUGGAGGAGAUUCUGUGGUCUGUCCACACCCAGGAAUGUCAAUGAAUUGGCGAGGGUGCUGAAUAACACAGAUCUGGCACGUAGACUCAUCCAACUCUACGGGACACCCGAUAACAUCGACCUCUGGGCGGCAGGCAUUGCCGAACCGUUCGUCACCGGAGGCAGAGUCGGGCCUCUGUUCUCCUGUAUCAUUGCCACGCAGUUCCAGAGGAUCCGCCAAGGAGACAGGCUCUGGUGGGAGAACAUGGGUGUUUUCACACUAGCACAGAGAUCCGCACUGAACCGAGUGUCUCUGUCUCGCAUCAUCUGUGACAACACGGGCAUCAGCCGAGUUCCUAGAAACCCUUUCAUUCUUAGUCGCAACCUAGCAAGCUUUGUCAAUUGCGGAAACAUCCCGGGGACUGACCUCUCUCCUUGGCAGGAGUCAAAGGACAGAGGCAGGAAAAUGGCAUCUGAUGAAAAUGAGAUUUCAAGAGAGAAGCAAUCUGAUGAGGACCCAGAGGAACUGCUGGAGAACCAGGUCAGUCGGGAAUAAGAAGCCCCAGUGGUCCAUGUUGAACCCCAUACCCACCAGACCCCCCUAGUUCCCACAGGAAAUCUUGCAGCUUGUGGCAUCCUGAAUAUCCGUGGACCUCCAGGUUUCUUUCUCCUUUCCAUUGCUUCUGCAAAAGAUCAUCUACAAAGAUCUGAAUCUCUGUAUAACCCAGACGGGCGAGUCCACCUGCAGCAUACCUGGCAUCUACAAGUUUCAUCUCUUCUUCUUGACAUCUGCAGUGUCAGCACAGUGCCCUAGCACUUAUUAGCUAGUAGCACGAGAGAAAAAGUCACCUGCUAAUAUAUUUCUUAAACUCAUAAUAAAAAUUUUAUGCCUGUUUUUACAAAUAUUCAAUCAUUA